AUGGCAGAGAGACCCCCCAGUGUGCCCAGGCUGGCCUGGCUGGCAGGGGAGGAGGAGAAGGAGGACAAAGACGGGGACCUGCCAGAAGAGGAGCAGGAGCAGCAGCAGGAGCAGGAGCCCACCUGUGUCCUCAAGCCCACUGAGCCUGAAGACACCACCAUUAUGGCCAUUGAGGGCAUGGCGGGCUCAGGCUCCUGUGACGCGGAGGCUUGUGCUGCCAUGCAGGCUCUGCUGGCGGAAAGUGAUGUCUCCAGUUUGGAGCAUGUGCCGAGUGUUGUGAGGUGCAUCUACCGGUGGCUCACAUCCAACACGGAUGUGUCUGCCACGCAAAGGUUGCCCAACGCCCUUGCGGAGCUGACCCACGCGCACCCCCAUGACGUGGUGGUGACGCUCCUGCGCUGCGCCCCAUCGUGCGACAGAGCUGCUGCGGCCAUGUGGAGGGUGAUGGUCUCCACGAUGAGGACUGCAGACAAGGUGCUACUGGAGCUGCUCCCUGUGCUGGCAGACUGGCCGCUGCACAGCACGUUCACCUCCGACGGGGACAAUAAGGACGUCUUUGCCCUGGCCGCAACCAGGGCACUGUGGGAGAUUCUCCAGCUACCCAGGCGCCCACAGAGGCUGAAGGUGCAUUUCCCACGCCUCUUCCUGGCUCUACUCUCCCAAAUUUUCUUCAGCACCGAGCAGAUGCCAGAGGAGGUUGACACCUUCUGGAGGGGAUGCCAGCGGGAAGGCUGCCUUCCCACCAACCCCAACAGCUUUGCAGUGCUGACCGUGAAAGCACUGCUCUGCCGUCUGGGGUAUGAGAAUGUGGUGUUUGAAGUGGAACGUAAGCAUGGCUGGGACACACUUCUCAACGCUGAGACCCACCACUACGCCAUGGGCCUGCUGGCCAGAGAAAUGCGUGGUAUCUCGAGGCGCUUGCGUUACUCCAUUGCACGAUACCUGGUCGAGCAGCUCAACAGGAAGGAGCCACGCUGGGAGGUCCCUGCCAUGGCGCUCUUUCUCGAGCUCUUGACCGCUUGCCCUGACAUAAGGGGAUGGGGUGUCCACGUCCUGCAGUUCAGCCCAAGGUACCUGCGGAGUGAGUGCAGAGAGAUGCAUCGCCUGGUGCUCAGAUGCUUCAUCCUGCUCAUCGAUAGACCCUUAAUGGCCAAAAGAAUGACCUUCCUGCUGCCACGUCUCAUAGAGUUACUGCGGGAUGCAGAUGGGGAGGUGGUCGGGAAGACCCUCUGUGUGCUCAGGAAGGUGCUCCAGGCCAGAGACCUCCCCCUUGCCAGCCCCAUUGCUCUGCAGCUGGCUGAGAGGCUCCUGCCACUCUUUGACAGCGACGCCAGCUAUGUGCAACUGCUUUCCAUUCGCCUCUUCCGAGACGUGAUGGUGAUUAUAGCUGCAUCGGGAAAAAAGCCACUGAGGGCACACAUUUACCAGAGCCUGAUCCCCCUGCUCUGCUGCCUGCACGAUGAGAACGAGCGCGUGGCAGAGGCCUCUCGGGAAACCUUGCUUCAAGCUACCGAGUUCCUGAAUAAGGGGAAGCUCAGGCAGCUGCUGGAGAUGGAGCAGACAUGGGCGGUCGCCGAGUGCCUGCUGGCAGAGCACAGCAGCAGAGCAGAUGAGUACCUGCGCCAGUCCCUGCUGUACCUGCAGAGCCCACAGGAGUCCGUGCGAGAGGCGGCCGUCAGGUUCAUUGCCCUUCAAGGCAUGACAAAUGAUGUCAGCAUCUCCGUCUCAAACCUGGCAGCUCAAACCCUGUUCCUGCUAAGAGGCACAGAGAGAAAUUCUUCCACCAGCUCCAGGCUGCUGGGGAUGUACGACCACCUCCGCAGCGCAUGGAGGAGAAGGCCUUCUCUCCGGGGCAGUGGCUGGCUGUGCUGCUGGAGCUCUGCGCAGAGCUGAUCGUGGGAGCUCUGUGUGCUGGGGCCGCCUGAGCCUGCGGGGAAGGCUGGGUGGCUCCCGGCCUCUCCCUGCCCACAGGACAGCUCUCAUCAAAGAGCCCCGGGGAACACCACUUGUGACCGGCUGCCCACUGGAUUGAACUCCCUUCAGCACCACUCUUUGGGACCGAGCUUGCUGUCCUGCCCCUCCUCCUAGCCUGCGUGUCUUUCCUUUGUGGAAAAAGAACAAUGGAGGAAAAGUCAGCCCUGAAGGAACCAGGACCCUCAGGAGAGGGUGACCAGCUGUGCCCGCUUUCCAGCAGCCAUCGGCUGGUUCAAUAUUAAAACAUCAAGCGCUACUUAAGGAAUGCUCGAUCAAAACGGAGUUUAG